AUGCGUCCAAUUAGAGCCCUCUUUCUAGCCAUCCUGGCCGCACUCAUGGUGCUGUCUCUCCAGUUAACACUGCCUGCCACCGGCUCGUCCUCCGGGACUCCUACGAGCAGCUCGCCCUCCGGCACUCCUACCAGCACCUCGCCCGCCGGCACGCCUACCAGCAGCUCGCCCUCCGGCACUCCUGCCAGCAGCUCGUCCUCCGACACUUCGCCAGCUACGACCACCACAACAACAGAAGCCACGACGACAACCACAACCACAACAGAAGAGGCGACUACCAAGAAGCACCAUCGCCGCAUCCAUCGCAGGCGUAUAGUGAUUAUCCGUAGAGAGAGAGGCGGCGGGGAUAACAGGAGGAACAGGAGACUUAGGCGUAAAGGUGGAAGCGGUGGGGACGUGAGGCGUGUACGUGUUCAUGAGCGUCGCAGAGUGCGCUUGGGCCGAAGGUUCUCCCGGGUGUAA